AUGGCCAACGUUCGAGAAAUUUCAGGGAACACAAUUGGGAACAAUGUCACAAUCGUUCAGGGUGACCUCAACACUGCUAAUCCCAGAUCCCCAGAUUCGAUUGACGCUUUUCUCAAUAAAAUCAGUAAAACGGACCCAUUUUACGACAAGAAGCGAAUUUUAGAAUUGAAAGGCCCCUUGUUACACGAAUCUUUCAACUGGAUACUCGACCAUGAAGGCUUUAAGAAAUGGCGCCACACGGAAGAGAGCAGUGUACUUUGGAUUAAAGGCGACCCUGGAAAAGGCAAGACAAUGCUCCUCUGCGGCAUCAUCGAAGACUUGGAAAAGACUCCUGGCGAAAAGAGCAAACUUGGCUAUUUUUUCUGUCAAGCCACGGACUCUAGGAUUAAUUCUGCUUCCUCGGUGGUAGCAGGAUUGAUUUUCUCCCUCGUCAGGCAAAAUCCGACACUUUUUUCGCCGAUUUGCAAGCGACAUGAAGAUAAACUAAGUCAACUUGAUGGGCCUAAUGCGUGGCCUGUUCUUACCCCCAUCUGUGUUGUCGAUGCUCUUGAUGAGUGCGAGCACGAUUACAUCGAACGAGGACUGCGUUUGAUUGAACCCGCUCGGAGGCUCAGCUUAGAGCUAAAAGAGAACGCCGAGAAUGUCUCUAAAUCUGUUGAUGUUUACAUCAACAAUUUCAUAUCGGUCACAACCCUAAAACGCAAAGCAAACGGCACGUUUCUAUGGGUAGCCCUUGUGAUCGAACAGUUGAGGGAUACAGACCGUCGAAAUGUUGAAGAAGUACUGGAAGAGAUACCAGAAGGUCUAGAGAACCUCUACAACCUGAUACUACAGCGAGCCAACGCUAAGCUAAGGAAAAAGGAUCGAGAAGCCUGUCAAAUCUUGCUCUCCAUCGUUACUACCGCUGAGAGGCCCCUCCAUCUUGAAGAACUCCAUAUAUUUAUAACCAUAAGAGACGACAUUGUCUACUUCAUCCACCACAUUUUCCCUUCAGGAAUUCAAUAUCAACAUCGAAAAAUGUUUGAAACGUCGAUCAGUGCUAUGUCUCGCAUUUUUAGGCAAGAUAUUUAUAAUCUCAAAGACCCUGAACGAUGCAUGGGCAAUAUAAGGCCGCCGCAUCCCGAUCCCUUGGUACCCAUAAAAUACAGCUGCGUAUUUUGGGUCGAUCAUUUAAUUCGUGGAUACGACUCUGAAGGAUUCAAGAGUGAGGAAUGCUUUAAGGAUGAUGGACAGCUCCAGGCCUUUCUCAAAACCAAGUACCUAUGCUGGUUAGAAGCCUUAGCUCUCUUGCGCAGCCUUAUACCCGAAGGGGAAUCUGCUUUACAAAGACUUAACAAUCAAGCGGCAAGUUAUUGUAAAAGCAGAGAAAAUGGGCAUCGGCUUAUUGGCGAUGCUUAUCGAUUCUUUCAUUACUGCCAAAAUUUUGUAAGGGAAUGGCCGCUACAACUAUACUAUUCAGCGUUGCUUUAUUCGCCAAACUCCUCCACAAUAUGUAUGUUUUAUAAUAGUAUCUCGCUCUAUAGAACAGAUACCGUGGAACGUGCAAUCCGACUGAACGUGGAUGAGACAUGCCAUCAUUAUGUCUCCUUCUUGCCCGAUUCUGAACACUUGGUCUCAGUCUCUCACAAGGGCCUCGUGCAAACGUGGGCCAUCGACAGCGGGAUCCAAGUGCAGCAGCUUUCUUUAAACCUUGACAUAAGCAAAUCUCACCCUGACCAUCCAUCCGAAGUUUUCCGAGAAGAAGUGGUUAGUCUAUCGCCGCAUGGAGAUCUGGCAGCAUCGAUGUUUCGUGGGUCGAUGUUUGGUCAAUCGAGUUUCAAAUACUUGAGCUCGAUGAAAAUCUGGACGACAAAAUCCGGUGCCUGCACGCGUGAGAUAGACCUGAUGCAUACACCUAGCUUCAGGGAUUUGUAUGUUUUUGCACCCAAUUCAGCACUGAUAGCCUUGAUACACAAGUCUGACGCUAUCACCUACUCUAUUUGGACGGGAAAAAUUGUGAAACAUAUCUGCACUCAAUCCAGUGAUCCUCUCACCUGGUCUUUCGCUAUAUCACCAGGAUCAAAAUAUGUGGCAGAACGAGGCCUCGAAGGGUACAUCAACAUAUGGAGUGGAAAGGGUGGCGAGUGUAUCCAAGCGCUCAAAUAUAGCUAUUCCGACGAGUGGGCUCGCCCCGUUUUCUCACCAAACUUAGAAUAUGUUGCCUGUGCUGAUGGUAAUCGGCGUGAUGUCCGCAUCUGGCGCCUUACCACCGGGGAGCCUCUUCACUUGCUUGAAAGCCAUAGUGCCAGCUGUAAGUUAGGUACGAUCAUCUUUUCAGAAGAUUCAAAACACCUGGUUGCGGGUUAUGACAAUGGAGAGGCGAGGGUGUGGUGCGCGGAAACUGGCAAAUGCUUAUUUAAAAGUGACGAAAACAACGAUGACAGCAACAACGAUGACAGCAACAACGAUGACAGCAACAACGAUGACAGCAACAUCGAUGACAGCAACACCGAUGACGAUUAUGACGACCCCUACAUCGUGGCGUUGGCAAUUUCACCUGAGUCAAAAUAUAUGGCGAGAGCUUCAACAUGGACGUCGGAGCGUGGGAGUCGUUCUGUUUGGGGAGUGCGCAUCUGGGAUUGGCGCGCGGGCCACCACCUUUCCAGCUUUGGCUCUGAGCAAUCCUGGCAAGAGAGGUCGCACUUUUGUGCAGAUAGCCUUCGUUUUUCGUCUGAUGCUACGAUUUUAGCAGUUAUUCUCCAAUUACCAAGAGGGGGGUCGGAUGACGGCGGUCCUGAGUACGAAGCCCAGAUCUGGGAAGUCGCCACAGGUACUUUCAUAACUUCUGUUGCAGUUGGGACCGUGCUGGUUUCUGCACAAGAUCCUCAUGGAAACACUGGGAAAAAAUUCCACGGCGGGCAUACUCGUUAUGGCAACCCGUUUUAG